UCCUGUUUGUUGCUGCCGCGUUGUUUGAGCUAGAGCUCCGUCGAGCUGAUUCCUAAUUGUUUGUUUUUGCCUCGUAAAAUCUAACUUAUAAUCUAUCACUCUUUCUUUUUCGGUGGGGGAACACAUCCCCAACAUUAUUUUAUAUAAAAAACAUUUGGAUUACCUUGAUAUCGCUAGUUUUAUCCGACUUCCCGAACUUUCGCUACUAGCUUUAGCCCGUUAGCAUUAGCGGCGUGCCACGCCCACGCUAUGCUAGCGUUUGUACUCUUCUCUCUCACAAUAUUAUUGUUUCAUCUACUCUAAUGGCGAGUGUAUUGGAUGUUUCUCUACCUUUGUGUGCAGGUGAGGACACGUUUGAGCUGCAUGCGGUGCAGUUGGAACUGGAGGCCAUGGAGCGGCAGAUCCGGAUCCUUCUCGAGAAGCAGGCCGAGCUACGCGAGCGGCAGACAGCGCUGGAAACUUCUCGCGCUGACGCUCACCAACCCUCGGUAAGUUUGCAGCGCGAUAUUAACACUUCUGCUUCCUCUACGCCGUGUGUUUCUCUGCACAGGGCCCGGGCACCAAGAACGCGUUCAUCCCAGCCCUCGUUCACUCCGGCGCCGUCACACCAGGGACCUUGGGUGCUUCAGCAGCGGAAGACGCGAGCCAGGCCUCGGACCAGGACCUCCCCUCUGCCGCCCCCGGUCUUCGACGUCUCGACACGGAACCGCUUCUCCCCUCUUCGCGAGGCAGAACGCGACGCCGUGGUCAUCGGAGACUCCAUCGUCCGCCACGUCCACGCUACCACAGCCAAAGGUAAGGUGCGCAGUCACUGUUUUCCUGGUGCUCGUGUUCUCGAUGUCUCUGCGCAGAUUCCCGCGAUCCUCAACGGUGCUGAGACCAUCGGAGCUGUAGUGCUGCACACGGGGGUGAACGACACCAGGCUGCGGCAGACGGAGGUGCUGAAGCAGGACUUCAGAAUCCUGAUCGAGACGGUACGAGCCACAUCGCCCGCGACGAACAUCAUCGUGUCCGGACCGCUUCCGACGUACCGACAAGGACAUGAAAGGUUCAGUAGAUUAUUUGCUUUAAAUGAAUGGUUGAUGUCUUGGUGUAAUGAACAGAAGCUGCUCUUUGUAAAUAAUUGGAAUCUUUUCUGGGAGCGUCCUAGGCUCUUCCGUGCUGAUGGCCUGCACCCCAGCAGCAUCGGAGCUGAUCUUCUGUCAGAGAACAUCUCCAAGACGCUUCGCACCAUAUGACUAGUGACUAGAGAGGACUUCAGCUUCAGUUUGGAUCCAGCCUCUUAAGAAGACCUCAGAC